AUGCCAUAUAAAUGUUUGUCUUUGGCACCUGAAGAUCCUAAAGCAAUAGCUGAUGAAUAUUCAGGUAAUAUAAGGGAUAACUAUUCCAUGAAAACUGAAAAAGGUUCAGAUCAGGCAGUCAAUGAAAGUUUUGAUGAAAACAGUGAAGACUCUCACUUAGAUAGAUUUCGGGCAGAUGGGAAAGAUGUUAGCAUCGAGUUUUUAUCGGCUAAUGAUCAAUCACUUAUUGCCGUCCAAGGACCUGAAGCUGUUACAACGCUUGAGAAGCUGCUUCCAAAGUCCCAAAUGUUAGACACACUUUAUUUUAUGCACACGUCAGUCAUGGAAGUAGCUGGGGUAUCAAAUUGUCGUGUAACACGAUGCGGCUACACUGGUGAAGACGGUGUAGAGAUAUCUGUUCCGUCAGUCCACGUCCAGCAUGUUACCGAAGCACUUUUAGAUACAAAUCAAAAUCUUAAGAUGGCCGGUUUAGGAGCACGAGAUUCACUACGCCUAGAAGCGGGUUUGUGUUUGUACGGCACUGAUAUAAAUGAUCAAAUUACACCUGUUGAAGCAGGUCUUACUUGGUUAAUUGCUCGAAGUCGACGUAACGAAGGGAAUUUUCCAGGCUCUCGUCGAAUUUUGGCGCAAUUACAGCCAGGAACUAACCAGGUCACGAAACGACGCAUCGGUUUAAUCAUGAACGGGCAAAAGCAAAUUCCACCUGCGCGCGCUGGUGUAAAGAUCUAUUGUCAGGAUAAAGUAGUUGGACAUAUAACAACCGGCUGUCCAAGUCCGACCCUUGGGAAAAAUAUCGCAAUGGGCUAUAUUACUAAUGAUUUGAAGAAGCUAGGCACCGAAGUGCAGCUCAAAGUUCGUAAUGUUCUAUAUGAAGCAACUCUUGCUCGUAUGCCAUUUGUAAAAAGCAAUUACUAUGUCAAUCCAAAUAAAUAAGUUUUAUUUACGAAACGUCUUCUCUGAUGUAUACAUACCGUGGCUCAAUAAAGAACUCAGACACCCAA